AGAGUCCGUGCCCGCGCGCGCGCGUCUUUGGCGCACUUUUCGUCGUCGCCUUGCGACGUUUGAUCGUGAAAAUUGCGCGUUUCGCGCCGGAUCCGAAAGUAUCGAGGGUCGCGGGUUUUCGCGAGCCGGCCAAAGACCGCGAACGGAGGAAAUUGCGCCGUACCUCGUGUCCCGUCUCCGACCUUGCAGCCGGCUUUUGUUUUGGACCCCCACGGUGGAUGCUGCGCCAAGGGGUGGUUUUUACGGGCGGCUCGUAACAACGACCGGGCGGACCGUUUCGGCUCGGAAUCGACACCUUCGGGCCUGGAAAAUGACGUAGGGUCGCUGGAGCUGAGAGAACUCCGUUAAAUAGGACGGACGGCCCUCGGAAAGUCAGUGGUAAGUUGGCGCGCGCACGGGGUGGCAUCGCUAAACGUCAACGACGCUCAAACGAGGGGCGAGCUCGUGUCGCGCCGACCAGGUGGCCGAGCAACACCAUGGUUCCUGAGAGGCGUCACGGCGAGGACCGGCGAUAAUCUUGACGACCGUUUUUGCCAGAAUUUUCUUAUUAGGCGCAAACAUCUUGAAACGGCGCAAGAGAGAGAGAUGGAGGAGUCGCAGAGCACCGGCGAGAUGUCGCAUGGCAUGGCGAAUAUCAGCGUUCACAGCACGCGCAGUUCCUACGACAGCAUGGACAGUGGGUACCUGAGUUUGACGCCGCAUUCGGGCAGCCACACGCCGCUCGUCGCGGGAUGUCGGACCAGGAGUUCGUACGCCUUGGGGAAGAGGUACCACCGGAACCGCCUAGAGCCCUGGCAAUUGGAGCGAUCUCAGAGGCUACGUCCUAGACUUAAUCAUGCCUCUUACCACUCCGAAUCCAUCUGUGGUAGUUAUCUGAACGAAACCGCAGAGCUCGUCAGCCCGAAUGUGGAUGCCUCGAGUUCAACGGAAAUUGCGAGCUCCAGCGUGGACUCCUGUGGAGUGGACAUCGAUCGCUCGAACCUAAACGGGGCGAAUGGAAGCAUCGACUCGGGCUUUCAUGACAUAGGACAAGCGACGAGACGUCUCAGAAGUCACUCCAGAUGGAGCGAGAAGGCAACCGGUCCCGUUGCACCCUCCUCCGAAGUGUGUCCUCUUUCUCAGCCACCUUCUCCAGAGGUACCCUCGUCCUCGUUUUUGGCUUCCGAGCCCAGCGAAGAAGACGUGGAAAUGAAGCUAGUCAUCCUACCCCAGAGCACGCCACACGUGACCACUUCGUACAGGUGCAAAAGUCUGUCGCACCGCGUGACGUUCUCUCCGUGCAUCUCCAGGAACAGUCCCAUAGCAUCUACGGUGGACGAACGCAAGAGGCACGAAUUCGAAAUCAAUAACUUAGCCGCCAUUCCAGAGAUAAGACCUAAGAGGUUGGAUUUCAGUCAGAAAGCUUUGUCUGUAGCGUUCUAUAGAGCGAGAGCAGUGCCGGAUUGUACAGGUCGGGAAACAGUGGAUUUGUUGACUCUACUCGGGGAGAAGAGCAACCACUGGCGGAUCGUCUCGAAGAUCCUGUCUUUCCUCAGUCCUCAAGAUCUUUGCUCAAUUUCCAUGGUCUCCAAAGCAUGGAGGAGAAUCUGUGCCAAUGACUCGCGUGCCAACAUGAGAAGACUGAGCUACAUAAUACUCAGACAAAACGCCAAGGAAAACCUCAAGAUGAUUAGGAAGGCCAAGCUGGAAGGAGACGUUCAGAUGAGUCCGAAGAGUCGAUACGCCAGGAAGGGGUAUCUCCUCGAAGUGCAGAACCUACUGCAAGUUCCACCUCUGGCGCUGCCACCGAACAGUCCACCGGUGUCUCCCAGCAAAGUCAGGUUCCACUCUUUCGUCAAGGCUAGUCGGACCCUCGCCCCCUGGGAGCACCUGUUGCCAUGCCCGAGCUGCUCGUUCCCCUGCCACGUGGACCGGGAGAAGAACCUCGGCAGCUGUUCGAGGCAAGGCUGCUCUCUGGAGUUCUGCGCAAAGUGCUCCUCCAAACCGCACACGGGGCCCUGCAAGACGCCUCUCCUCGCCACCCCGACGAAGCGCAACAAAAGGCUGGUCGUCGGUUCUCGACAGAGCAAGCGAAACCUUAGGCGGCUGUAACGUCGACUUUCGACGAUAGAUGCGCCAGGCUCGAGGCCUCUCCCAUAUGGGGGCAUAAUGCCUCGCCAUUUCUUUGCAACGCCGUAAUAGCUCAUCGAAGGGCACCGCUGCGAGAGACCCAAGACCGCGUCGCUUGAGAGACUCUAGAUAGGCAUAACGAUCGGUGGGAAAUCCCUCUGCGAUUCCAAGUUCCAUGUAAAACCCCAUCGGGGAAUGACGCGCGGAAAAGCUCGGCGGAAGGCGGCCAUCUUGCUUUUAUCCGUCAGGGCUCGCGUCUCGUUUAGGUCUUAUUUUUAAGUCGAUAUUUAUUCUACCCGCGUUUAUCGCCCGGUUCGGGGCUGGCUCGAGGUUCGGCGGAGAAUUUGGAAUCGCAGAGCCCGGCCUGGGCUCCCCAGGACCGGAGUCAACCUGCGGAAUUCGAGCAAGAACAAUGUCGAGGUGGUCUCCCGGCCAGACGGCUUUUUGCCCGGGUCAGGGACGAAUGCGCCCGCGGGUCUCGCAGGGAGAGCGCCCUUAGAACGUUGAAUUUCGUCUUCUGUUCUAUUUCCCCUUUCCACUUCCAACGCGAGAUUCUUCGAUACUCCUAGUCUAGUUUAAGGAGGGUUUACCCGUAUCGCGAGUCGGCCGAAAGAAAGUAUUAUUCGAGGUAGAGGUAGACCUACGGGGGGACUCUCGAAGAGCGCCUAAUGUGCUACUAGCUCAAUCAAAAUGCGCCAAAAUGGUAUUAUACUACGACGGUUCGUCGAGGAGGAACCCGCGACCGCGGAGAGUUUACGGUCUAGCUCGCGACCAGGGAGUCGAUUUUUCGUCUCGACGUCGUCGGGACGGGACUCCAGAUAUUAUGUCUUAACCCGUGCUCUCUCUCUCUCUUUUUCCCGGUACUCGCAACGAGACGACUCCCUCGUUACGAAUCUCCAGGACAAACGAGCCGGUACAAACGGCCCG